AUGCUGUAUCCAUUAGUAGAGUCAGCUCUUCCAGAAGAUCUUAUAAAAGAGUGGGAACGAACACGUAGCAGAGUUGAAAAUAAAGUCAAGCCGAAUAUUUUGGGAAACUUGUUAGAAUUUCUUCGAUCUGAAGUCGAGAGUGAUGAGAGAUUACAACUUGCUCGAUCCGGUUUUGCGAAGGAUCAAGAGUUUCAAAGAAUUAAACCGAAAGAUAAAAUUCCUACGGCAGCUUGUAUUAAUCCAUCACCUGAAUUAGAUGCCAAAAUUCUCUUGUCACCAAGGAAUUCAUCUACAUUAUUGUUAACGGUAUUGGUGAAAAUCAUCAAUAAAGACAGAUCUUUAAUUAUCCGAGGAUUAUUCGAUACCGGUGCUCAAAGAUCUUUCAUAAAAAAGGAUAUUGUGGAUAAACUGGGAUUGGAACCAGUAGAUCAAGAAAUGUUAAGUCAUGGACUUUUGGGGGGCAGUGAAACUAAACAAAAGUCCCAUAAUGUGUAUAACAUUACAUUGCAAAGCUUGUGUUCAAAUUUCAGGCACAACAUUUCCGUUUUAGAUGAAAAGAAAAUAUGUGGUGCUAUUCCUCGUGUAAGUAAUCCUAACAUUUUUCCCAUUUUGAAGAGAAAAAAUAUAGAAUUAAGUGAUACAGGGGAAGCCACUCCUGAAAUAGAUUUAUUAAUAGGAGCAGAUUACCUUGGUGUAUUGCUGACGGGAUCAAUUGAACACAUUGAUAAAAAUUUAGUAGCCAUAAAAACAAAACUCGGAUGGACACUUCAAGGUAAACAAACGAAACAGUCAAAAUCUUUGGAGAAUAUUAUUUAUGUUGCCAAUUUAGAUUUGACGGAAUUAUGGAGUCUAGAUGCCAUCGGUAUACGAGAUCCUGUAGAAAUUAAAUCAAGGCAGGUAGCCGAUGAAGAAACAGUUGAAUUUUUCCGUAAAACUAUUAAGAGAAAUGAAGACAAGAGAUAUGAAGUAUGUUUGCCAUGGAAAAGUGGAUGUCCAGAGUUAGAAAGCAACAAAGAAUUAGCCACUAAGCGUUUGAUGUCAACUACAAAAACUCUUAUUCGAUCAGGACAUUUAAGCGAAUAUGAUGAUGUGUUUAAUGAGUGGAUUCGAGAGGGAAUUAUCGAAAUUGUAAAUAAAGAUAAGAAUAAAGGACAUUAUUUACCUCAUCAUCCUGUAAUAAAGACUGGAGAUACAACUACAAAGAUUCGCCCUGUUUUCGAUGCCUCAGCAAAAGACUCUAAAGGAAAUUAUAUUAAAAAGGCCUUCUUACAAAUCAGUUUGAACCCAAAGGAUAGAGAUUAUUUUAAGUUUUUAUGGUGGAAAGAUUUUUCAAGAAGAGAGGAAUUGAUCCCCCUGAGACAUUGUCGAGUGGUAUUUGGUGCUUCUCCUAGUCCAUUUUUACUUGAGGCGACGAUAGCUCAUCAUCUAGAGAAUGUCUCAGAUGGAAGGAAGGAAACAGCUCGUCAACUUCAAAAAUCCUUUUAUGUAGAUAACUGCAUACCUAGUUUAGAAACUAGAGAAGAGGCAGCCAAAUUUAUUUCUGAAGCUAAAGAACUAAUGUCUACAGCCAAAUUUGAUUUGCGAGGUUGGGUUACUUCUGCAGAAAUUGUAGAAGAAACAAAAAAGAGAUAUAUUCCAAUACUAGGACUUUCCUGGGAUACUGAAAAUGAUGAACUUUCUUGUAACAGUGCUAUUAAAAUUUCAGAAGAAAAUAUAACCAAACGAACAUUAUUAUCUAUUGCUCAACGAAUUUACGACCCAAUAGGAUUUACAAGUCCAACUGCUCUAAUUCCAAAGAUCAUUCUACAAAAACAUGGAAAAGAAAAAUUAAUUGGGAUGAUUGACGCCAGUGAAGCCUCUUAUGCUGCAUGUAUUUUUUUACGUGCUGAAUAUAAAGGGAAAGUUUCAGCUCAAUUAGUGGCAAGUAAGUCAAGAGUGUCACCAACAAAGGAAAUUACAAUUCCUCGAUUAGAACUGUUGGGAGCUCUUAUAUUAUCCCGAUUAUAUUGCCAAGUGACAGAUGGACUUGAGGUAAAUUUUAAUGAAGUAUACUUUUGGACUGACUCGACUGUUGUUUUAACUUGGAUUAAACGGGAUAGUUCUUGGAAUACAUUUGUAAGAAAUAGGAUAACUGAAAUAAGAAAAUAUACCAAUUCUGAUAACUGGCAUUUCGUGCCAGGUCAUAUGAAUCCAGCAGACCUUCCUUCAAGAGGUUGUGAUGCAAAGAUUUUAUUGAAGAGCAAGUGGUGGGAAGGUCCAGAAUGGUUAUCAAAGUCACAAGAAUACUGGCCUUUGAAUGAAAAACAAAUUAUUGAUGAAAAUUCAGUUGAAUAA